UCCUUUCGUGGUCUCUCUCUUACCUUCUGUCUCUCCCUCCAGUGCUCACCCGUCCUCACCCCCUCCCUCUCAGGUCCCAGUCGCUGUUUGCGCGCCGUGCUGUGCGGACCUGCACCGACCAUCCUCUCUCGUCUCCUCGGCUGGAUCUCCUCCUCCUCCUCCUCUUCCUCCACCACCUCCUCUCUCCGUCCCUCUCUCCUCCACUCUCUGCUAUGACAGCUCACACCAGCGGCGCACCGGCCGACCUCAGACCGCCGACCAGUCACCGGUUGUCCUGUCCGAACAUGAACAUGGACGUGCGCGUGAGGGAUAUUCGUGAUUGAUCUUUCGCUUGUUUAUUUCUUUUAUUUUUUUAUAUUGUUCUUAUCAUUUUUGGAGGGGGGUAAAGAAACGACAGAAGAAGGAGGAGGGGGGGCUGCCUUCUUCUUUUGAACCCCCCCUCCGCUUCAUUCAGCCAAGCAGAGCGGAAAGGUGGGGAGAGGACUUUACCGUUCAGCCCGGCUUGGAUUUAUUUACCAGCAAAAUGACGGAUUUGGGAGCGCCGGAGACGCCGCCGCCGCCGAGGAGGAGGCUGAACGUGAAGAAAACGGGGGCGCUGAGACGCGACCUCCCGCUUCUCCUCCUGCUGGGGCUCCUCAUGGGGGAUUUCUUCCUGUCCAGCGCUGAAUCAUGUGGAGGAGUAGUCCAAGGUCUUAACGGCACCAUAGAGUCUCCUGGUUUUCCCCACGGCUAUCCCAACUACGCCAACUGCACGUGGCUGAUAAUAACGGGGGAGAGGAACCGAAUCCAGCUAACGUUCGUCACCCUGGCGCUAGAAGAAGAUUUUGAUAUUGUAUCAGUUUACGAUGGACAGCCGUCACCAGGCAACUUGAAAAUGAGGUUGUCGGGGUUCAUGCUGCCCUCACCUAUAGUCAGCAGUGGAUCCAUAYUAGCCCUGUGGUUUACAACAGACUUUGCAGUGAGCGCACAAGGCUUCAAAGCUGUAUAUGAAGUUUUGCCUAGCCAUACAUGUGGCACCCCUGGCCUUAUUCCAAAUGGAGUCAUUCAUGGUUCACGGUACAACAUAGGGGACAAAAUCCGAUACAGCUGUGAGUCGGGUUUUGUGCUGGAAGGACACAGUAUCCUUACAUGUAUUGUAUCGCCUGGUAGCGGUGCACAGUGGGACUUUCCAUCACCGUUUUGUAGAGCGGAGGGAGCAUGUGGCGGUACGUUACGAGGCACCGCAGGAUCAAUAACCAGCCCUGGAUACCCAGCAGAGUAUGAGAACAACCUGGACUGUACAUGGUCAAUCCUUGCUGAACCAGGGGACACUAUAGCUCUUGUUUUCAAUGACUUCCUAUUAGAAGACAAAUAUGACUUCCUAGAAAUCAGUGGGACAGAGGCACCAAGCAUGUGGCUGACUGGUACAACGCUGCCCUCACCAGUGAUAUCAAAUAAGAACUGGCUUCGAAUACAUUUCACAUCCGACAGCAAUCACAGAAGACAAGGAUUCAGUGCUCAAUAUCAAGUGAAGAAAGCUAUAGAGCUGAAGUCCAGAGGCGUAAAAAUGAUGCCCAGUAAGGACUCCAGUCACAAAAAUGCUGUCUUGAGUCAGAGUGGUCUCGCUGGUGAUGUUUGUCCUGAUCCUGGAGUUCCCGAAAAUGGCAAAAGGAUGGGCUCUGUCUUCCAAAUUGGCUCCAGCGUCCAGUUCAGUUGCGAUGACAGCUACGUGUUGCAGGGCUCUAAAAGUAUCACCUGUCAGCGGGUUACUGACACACUGGCUGCUUGGAGUGACCACAGACCCAUCUGCAGAACUCGAACUUGUGGCAGCAAUCUAAGGGGGCCCAGAGGGGUGAUAACUUCUCCUAACUACCCUGUUCAAUAUGAGAACAAUGCACACUGUGUCUGGGUCAUCACUGCAAUGGACACUGAAAAGGUUAUAAAGCUGUCGUUUGAAGAAUUUGAUUUGGAGAGAGGAUAUGACACGCUGACAGUGGGGGAUGGCGGCAAAAUCGGAGACAGUCGGAGGGUGCUCUAUGUACUUACAGGCACCAGCGUCCCUGAUCUCAUUGUGAGUUUGUCCAAUCAGAUGUGGCUACACCUGCAGUCAGACGACACCAUCGGUUCUGCAGGGUUCAAGGCGAUUUAUGAAGAGAUUGAUAGGGGAGGCUGUGGUGAUCCUGGGGUACCAGCAUUUGGUCGUCGUAGCGGUGAUCACUUUCAGCAUGGUGAUGUGUUGACCUUCUUUUGUCGGUCAGCUUUUGAACUGGUGGGAGAGAAAACCAUCACAUGCCAGCACAAUAACCAGUGGUCAGGCAACAAACCCAGUUGUGUCUUUUCUUGUUUCUUCAACUUCACAGCUCCCUCAGGGACUGUUUUAUCUCCAAACUACCCCGAGGAGUACGGUAACAACCUGAACUGUGUGUGGUUGAUUAUCUCGGAACCAGGAAGCCGCAUACAUCUCUUCUUCUCUGACUUUGACCUUGAGCCACAGUUUGAUUGGUUGGUGGUCAAAGAUGAAGGUUUGUCUGAAUCAACAACCUUUGGGACGUUCUCAGGAAAAGAUGUCCCCUCACAGAUCGCUUCGAAUGCACACAUUAUGAGACUGGAGUUUCAGUCUGAUCAUUCAAACACGGGAAAAGGCUUCAAUAUCAGCUAUACGACAUUUGGACAGAAUGAAUGCCAUGACCCAGGUGUUCCUGUCAAUGGUCAAAGGUAUGGUGACCAGUUUCAGCUUGGAAGCUCAGUGGCUUUUCGCUGUGAUCAAGGAUUCAUCAGGACACAGGGGUCGGAUCAGAUCACUUGUAUCAUUCAGGAUGGAAAYGUAGUUUGGUCUGCAGCUGUACCUCGAUGUGAAGCUCCCUGCGGAGGCCAUCUCACAGCGUCGACCGGUGUUGUUCUGUCUCCUGGUUGGCCUUCAUUCUAUAAGGAUUCUCUUAGCUGCCAGUGGGUGAUUGAAGCACAAACAGAUCAUGCUGUAAAAAUCCACUUUGACAAGUUCCAGACAGAAGUCAACUAUGACACAUUAGAGAUCAGGGAUGGGCCCUCAGCCUCCUCCCCCCUGAUUGGUGAAUACCAUGGCACCCAGGCACCUCAUUUCCUGAUUUCCACAUCCAACUUCCUGUUCCUGUUGUUCACUACAGACAACAGUCGUUCGGCAGCAGGCUUCAGCAUCAGAUUUGAAACUCUUUGUGGAGGCUAUGUUUUUGGUAAAAGUGGGACAAUUCUCUCUCCUGGAUUUCCUGAUUUCUACCCAAACUCUCUUAACUGCACCUGGACUAUAGAGGUGUCUCAUGGGAAAGGAGUCCAUUUGGUUUUCCACACGUUCCAUCUGGAGGAGAACCAUGACUACCUGUCCAUCAUUGAAGAUAGCAACUUCCAGGUUCCAGUGGCUCGCCUCACUGGCUCAGUGCUUCCUCCCAGUGUUAAAGCUGGCCUUUAUGGGAACUUCAGCGUGCAGCUACGAUUCAUAUCAGAUUUUUCUAUGAGUUAUGAAGGAUUUAAUAUUACUUUCUCAGAGUAUGACUUGGAGCCAUGUGAGGAUCCCGGUGUACCGGCAUUCAGCAGGAGGAUGGGAUUCCGAUUUGGGGUUGGAGACUCGCUGGCUUUCUCCUGUUUCCAAGGCUACAGACUUGAGGGAGACAGUAAAAUCACUUGUCUUGGAGGUGGCAGGCGAGUUUGGAGCAACACCUUACCACGAUGUAUAGGUGUAUGAUGGGGAGAACACUUCAUCCCGUCUCCUUGGUAACUUUACACUUGACAGGAUGUUGGGCGAUGUCAUCAACAGUACGUCCAAUCACCUGUGGCUGGAGUUCAAUAGCAAUGCAUCUGGAACCAAUCUGGGUUUUCGCCUCACUUACACAAGUUUUGAACUAGAGCGCUGCGAGGAGCCCGGUGUUCCUAGUUAUGGGUACAAGACCCAGGACGAUGGUCAUUAUGCCAACACGUUUGUCCUGUACUCUUGCAACCCUGGGUACAGUCUCCAUGGCAGCAGCACACUGACCUGUCUUAGUGGUGACAGACGUGUCUGGGACAAACCACUUCCUUCUUGUAUUGCUGAAUGUGGAGGUCACAUAAAUGGAGCGGUUUCUGGACGGAUUCUAUCWCCUGGAUACCCGGCUCCAUAUGACAACAACCUCCACUGUACUUGGACUAUAGAAGCUGACACAGGCAAGACUAUCAGUCUUCACUUUAUUGUGUUUGACACUGAAAUUGGCCACGAUAUUCUGAGAGUUUGGGACGGSCCGUCUGGGCCAUCUGACGGUGGGAUUCUGCUGAAAGAAUGGUCGGGCCCAGCUUUACCUGAAGACAUCCACUCGACUUUUAACAUUCUCACUCUGCAGUUUGAUUCAGAUUAUUUUAUAAGCAAACAAGGAUUCUCUAUACAGUUUUCUACUACAACAGCGACUUCCUGCAAUGACCCUGGCAUCCCUGUCAAUGGCUCUCGGUAUGGGGACAGUAAGGAGCCUGGUGACAGUAUGACAUUCCAGUGUGACCCAGGCUAUCACCUACAAGGUCACGACACCAUCACGUGUGUGAGGAUGGACAACAGAUUUUAUUGGCAACCUGAUCCUCCAACAUGUAUGGUUUCAACAUGGAGCCAAGUUAUGACUUCUUGCACAUCUACGAGGGGGAAGACUCAAAUGGGCCUCUACUAGCAAGUCUCCAAGGCAACCAGGCACCAGAGCGGAUAGAAAGCAGUGGCAACAGUCUCUUCCUGGCGUUCAGGUCUGAUGCGUCGCUGGGCAUGUCUGGAUUUGCUAUUGAAUAUAGAGAAAAACCCAGAGAGGCCUGUUUUGACCCUGGUAACAUUAUGAACGCUAGUCGAACAGGCUAUGACUACAAACUAGGAUCACAGGUGUCCUAUAGCUGUCAUCAUGGCUACACAAUUGUGGGUAGAGACACCAUCACGUGUGUCAUGGGACAAGAUGGGAAACCAGUGUGGGACAAGGCACUGCCAUCAUGUAAAGCUCCAUGUGGAGGACAGUACGGUGGAUCAGAGGGUGUUGUUCUGUCUCCAAACUAUCCUUUAAAUUACACCACAAGACAAACAUGUUCCUAUUACAUCACUGUGUCCCCACAAUUUGUGGUGUUUGGYCAGUUUGCUAUUUUCCAGACAGCAAUGAAUGACUCAGUGGAGCUUUUUGAUGGAGCCAAUGAAAAUGCUCAGUUGCUGAGCUCCCUGGCUGGGUCACAUUCAGGAGAGACAUUACCACUAGCAACUUCCAAUCAGAUCAUGCUUCGGUUCAGUGCUAAGAGUGGCCAAUCAGCUAAAGGCUUUCAUUUUGUCUAUCAAGCUGUGCCUCGGACCAGCGACAGUCAGUGCAGUUCAGUGCCAGAACCUCGGUAUGGCAGACGGAUUGGUUCAGAGUUCUCAGCGGGCUCCGUUGUUCGUUUUGAGUGCAGUCCAGGCUAUUUGUUGAAAGGAUCCAGUGCGAUUCAAUGCCAGGCCAUACCAGGUGCCCUGGCACAGUGGAAUGCAACAACACCAACCUGUAUAGUUCCCUGCAGUGGCAAUUUGACUGAACGUCGUGGUACGAUAUUGUCUCCUGGCUACCCUGAACCUUACCCAAAUGCUCUAAACUGUCUGUGGAGGAUUCAUGUCAGUGAAGGGGCUGGAAUACAGAUCCAAGUCAUGACAUUUGCAACUGAACACAACUGGGACUCUCUAGAGAUUUAUGAUGGAGGAGACAUGACAGCUCCAAAACUUGGAUCCUUCUCUGGAACAACAGCACCUGCUCUUCUUAACUCAACAUCCAAUCAGCUUCUUCUGCACUUUCAGAGUGACAUCAGUGUGGUGGCAGCAGGUUUUCACCUAGAAUACAAAACGGUUGGGCUUACCACUUGUCCAGAACCAAUGAUUCCAGCCAAUGGCAUUAAAGCAGGAGACAGAUAUAUGGUCAAUGAGGUGGUGGCUUUUAGCUGUGAACCUGGGUACACACUACAGGGCCACUCGCACAUUUCCUGUAUGCCUGGGACAGUGCGUCGGUGGAACUACCCACCACCUCUUUGCAUAGCACGCUGCGGAGGGGUCCUGUCCAAGAUGAGUGGUGUCAUCCUUAGUCCAGGUUUUCCUGGCAACUACCCUGGUAACCUGGACUGCACCUGGCAAAUCACCCUGCCAGCUGGWUAUGGAGCUCAUAUUCAGUUCCAAAACUUCUCAUCGGAAGACAACCAUGAUUUUUUAGAAGUCAGAGCUGGACCACAGCACAGCUCUGCUUUAAUUGGUCAGUUUAGCGGCUCACAGAUUCCACCUCCCUUGAUGAGCACUACCCACUUGACCACCCUCCACUUCUACAGUGACCACUCUGAGAACAGACCAGGAUUCAAACUGACUUACCAAGCUUAUCAGCUUCAAAACUGCCAUGAUCCUGCUCCUUUUCCCAAUGGUGACAUCAUCAAAAGUGACUACAGUCCUGGCCAAUCAGUGACGUUUCAGUGCUAUCCUGGUUAUGUYUUGGUUGGGCACACAGUGCUAUCAUGCUUACAUGGAACAAAUCGCAAGUGGAACCACCCAUUUCCUCGCUGUGAGGCUCCUUGUGGAUAUAAUGUCACUGCUGAAAAUGGGACCAUCUAUUCACCUCAGUACCCCAAUGAAUAUCCCAACUYACAAGACUGUAGCUGGCUCAUCACUGUUCCCCAUGGACACGGGGUUUACAUCAACUUUACUUUACUGCAGACAGAGCCUGUCACAGAUUAUAUUGCUGUCUGGGAUGGUGCUGAUACUUCAAGCCCUCAGCUGGGAGUCUUCAGUGGAAACACAGCAUUAGAGUCAGCGUACAGUACCAGCCCACAGGUCCUGAUCCGAUUUCACUCUGACUUCUCAACCGGAGGGUUCUUUAUUCUCAAUUUUCAUGCUUACCGUCUGAAAAGAUGUCCUGCUCCUCCUGUUGUGGAGAAUGCAGAGCUGAUCCAUGAAGAUGAAGAUUUCCUUAUAGGUGACAUUGUGAAGUACAGCUGUUUACCUGGGUUUACAUUGGUUGGAAAAGCAGAGCUGAUGUGUAAACUUAAUUCCCACUUACUAUUUGAAGCCCCUACUCCAAAAUGUCAAGCCCAGUGCCCAGCCAAUGAGGAGCGUUUUUUGUCAUCAGGAGUCAUACUAAGUCCUGGCUUUCCUGGCAACUAUCCAAACAGUCAAACAUGUUCUUGGCUGCUACAUAUGAUUCCAGGUUACACAAUCAAUAUCUAUGUGGAGCUGUUCCAUAGUGAGAAGCAGUUUGAUGAACUGGAAAUUUUUGAUGGAUCUUCAGGACAAAGCCCUUUGCUUGUUGCUCUGAGUGGCAACCACUCGUCUCAGCUGAAUUUUACAUCUAAAACAAAUCAGCUCUAUCUACGGUGGUCCACUGACCAUGCAACAAACAAGAGAGGAUUCAAGAUACGUUACUCAGCUGCUUACUGUAGCAUUAAUGAUCCUCUCCUGAAUGGUGGUGUGAUCAACCGGACCAAACUUCGUCCAGGUAGCAGACUUCAGUUCUUUUGCAACCGCGGUUACCGCCUGGUAGGCUCCAGCAAUGGCACUUGUAGRCUUGAUUCCAAUGGGCUUUACCAAUGGGAUGCACCGCCACCUUUUUGCCAGCCUAUUUCAUGUGGAAUACCUUUGUCACCGGGCAAUGGCAGUUUCCAUGCUCCCCACUAUACAGUUGGAAGUCAAGUUACAUACCAGUGUAACUAUGGCUACCAUCUUGACCCCAGUGUUCCAACAACUGCUGURUGUUUGGAGGAUGGAAACUGGAGUAAUGCUGGUUCAGUCCCCAGAUGCCUACCUGUGCAUUGUCCCAACAUUGAAGGUACCUUGUCAGAUCAUAUGACCUACCACCUACUUUCUGGUAGGCUGGGAGACUUUGGGUCUGUAUUGAUGCUCGAGUGUUCAACGGGGUACUAUUUGAGUGUUGGGCAUCGGACUCUUCGCUGUCUUGCCAAUGGAACCUGGGAGGGGUCAGAUGAUCCAGCUACUUGCAAGAUGAUCUCCUGUGGAGAACUUCCUUCCCCACCCUUUGGUACCAAACUUGGGACACUGACUACAUUUGGAGCAACUGCAAUCUUUAUGUGUAAUCAUGGCUACACUUUGGUGGGGUCGCAUGUUAGAGAAUGUGGUGCGGAUGGGCUGUGGAGCGGUGCAGAAACAAGAUGUUUAGCUGGUCACUGUGACUCUCCAGAUCCUAUAGUCAAUGGUCACAUUAGCGGAGAUGGAUCUAGUUAUCGUGACACAGUUGUAUACCAGUGCAUGUUGGGAUACAGACUAAUUGGCACAUCUGUCAGAAUCUGUCAGCAGGACCAUCGGUGGUCUGGAAUAACACCUGUCUGUGUCCCCAUCACUUGUGGUCACCCAGGAAACCCAGCCAAUGGGCGAACCAACGGCAGCGAGUUCAACCUGAAUGAUGUAGUCAACUUCACCUGCAAUAAAGGUUACAUCCUGAGUGGAAAUGCUCGUGCACAGUGCAGACUCAACGGACAGUGGAGCAGCCCGUUACCUGUUUGCAAAGUGGUGAACUGUUCUGACCCUGGCCAUGUGGAGAAUGGUGUGCGCCAGUCUGGUCUACGUUACCCGGAAAUCUUCAGCUACGGUGUGACUGUGGCAAUCCACUGCAAAAGAGGCUUUUAUCUUUUGGGUUCUGCUGUCCUCAUGUGUCAAUAUAAUGGACUGUGGGACCGACCAAUUCCUCGUUGCUUAGCCAUUUCCUGCGGUGACCCCGGUGUGCCACCUAACGCAGCAGUAUCUGGAACUCACAGUUGGACUUUUGGUUCAGUUCUCCAGUACUCCUGUCUGCCUGGUGGGGUCCUUGUUGGCAACUCUACUCGCCACUGUCAGGAGGAAGGCACAUGGAGUGGGGCUCCACCCUACUGCACUGGUGCUGUUGCUGGAAUAUGUGGAGACCCAGGGAUCCCUCCCCAUGGUGCCCGAUUGGGAGGAGAAGAAUUUAAGACCAAGAGCCUUCUGCGUUUUAGCUGUGAGGCAGGAUAUAAUCUGAUUGGCUCCGCUGAGAGGACAUGCCUUCACAAUGGCAGCUGGAGUGGUACACAGCCUGUGUGUCAAGCUGUGUCCUGUGGUAACCCUGGAACUCCCGCACAUGGCAGAAUUGUCUUCAGCGAUGGUAUCACUUUCGGCAGCUCCGUGGCUUACGCAUGUUGGGAAGGAUUCAAAACAUCUGGCCUGACCACCAGACACUGCACAACAAAUGGGACGUGGACGGGUCAGCCCCCAGAUUGCACUGUGAUCAGUUGUGGAGACCCUGGCCCGGUAGCCAACGGCAUCUAUUUUGGAAGUGAGUUUACCUUCAACCACACAAUAACCUACCGCUGUAACCCUGGCUAUUUGAUGGAACUGCCUGGGCCUGGACACAGUGUUUUGCGCUGCACUAAAGAUGGAACCUGGAACCAAACUAAACCCAGCUGCAAAGUGAUCCAGUGUGGUCCCCCCACUCAAGUGCUUUUUGGAAAGGUGGAAGGAACGGAUCAUUCUUGGGGAUCCAGUAUUAGCUACAGCUGUUUUCAAGGUUAUCAGUUGUCCAUUGCUGCUGUAUUAACUUGUGAAGGGAACGGAACUUGGACAGGAGACGUUCCACAAUGUUUGCCUGUCCUGUGUGGUGAUCCUGGUUCUCCAGGAGGCGGAUUCAGAGAGGGGGAUGCCUUCUCUUAUCGGUCAGAGGUCCGAUUUUACUGCCAUGCUCCGUAUGUGUUGGUGGGCUCUGCAUCUAGAGUCUGUCAGGCAGAUGGGAGUUGGAGUGGCCAACAACCAUCCUGUAUAGACCCAGCCUUCAACAGCUGCCGUGAUCCAGGAACUCCAGCCUACGGCAUCCCGGUCAUGGCCCAGGGCUUCCAGGUCGGCAGCAAGAUUUCCUUCAAGUGCCGCAAGAACUACCACAUUCUUGGCUCAACAACGAGAGCAUGUCUGGAAAAUCUCACYUGGAGUGGAACUCAACCUGAGUGCAUAGCUCAUUCGUGCAGACAGCCAGAGACCCCGAGUAAUGUAGAUGUUCGAUCCAUGGACCUGCCUACAUUGGGAUAUACUUUGAUUUACACGUGCCAGGAGGGUUUUUAUCUGUUAGGAGGAUCAGAGCACAGAACCUGUAAAAGUGAUGGGAGAUGGUCAGGAAAACCACCCUUAUGUAAAGUUGGAGUGAAAGUAACUUCCAAAGGCAGGGGAGAGUCAGAUGUACAGAAGAACAAGAUCCGUGUUCCUGUCGAUGUUUUCUCUCCAAACUCUGAAUGGAGUGGUUUCUAUGAGUAUUUGGGGAAGAAGCAGUCCACCACAUUUACAGUUACUGGAUUCAAUACCAGCAGUGGCCGUGUUAACGUCACGUUACUGGAAACCAGCGGGGUGUCAAUCAGACUGUCAGGUACCUAUAAGUCAGAGGAAAACCAGCUGCUGUUAAAGGUUUACCAGGUGAAGGGACCAACAGAGCAUUACUACAGCAAGUUUAAAAAUGACAACUGGGCUAUGGAUGGAUAUGUUACAUCAGAAUCAGACCAGAAGACUUUUGUUUAUCAGGGGCACAUUCACAGUAAAGAUUUUGGCAAGUUCCAUCUGACAAGACAAGGUCCUGUAACCAUGGCGAUGGAUCCAUCAAACCUUUACACAAACAGCAGCUCUGUGGCAGCGGCCAUCUUAGUUCCUUUCUUUGCCCUCAUCCUCUCUGGGUUUGCCUUCUACCUCUACAAGCACAGGACAUUGUCUGCUGACACAGAUGACAAUGAGAGACCAAAAAACACCUGGGGGCCUGGCGGCAGGACACGCCCAAAGGUCCAGUUCAAUGGCUAUGUCGGCCAUGAGAGCUCCAAUGGUCAGGCGUCAUUUGAAAAUCCGAUGUAUGACACCAACAUGAAGCCCACGGAGGCUAAAGCAGUUCGAUUUGAUACAACGCUGAACACAGUCUGCACUGUGGUGUAGUGCAGCAAACCUGCCACUAUCUGUAAAAUGGUUCAACUACCAUGUUGCAGUCCUGCAGUGUGGCAGAACCAAGCAAAAGAGAACAAGCAGACGUAAGAUUUGGACUUUUCACCACGAGCAGCCUUUGUGUAACAUGCUGGUCUCCUGUCAGCAAACUCUUCACAGCUCUUCUCCACAUCCUUCCAAAACAAUGGUAAUAUUCACCUCAUUUUUGAGGGGAAAAACAGAAGAGAAAAGGUGAAACCAAUUAACUAAGGAGUAGCCAACAAUCUGAUCAAACAACACUCAUUUUUGGACUUUGAUACUUAGACUGGAGUUGUUCUUAAGCACUGAUCCAUCAACUAGAAAAAAACACAACUUGAUGUUUCAACCAGUUGAGAUUUGGGCAACAUCUAAAAUGAAUUGACACUAGCUUUUCAUUAAGAAAUCGUUGAACUAUUUUGGCUCUUUAAUACUUUCUGCAACGAAACAGUAGUUUUUUUUCUAAUUUGGGCCUGAUCCCAUGUCAAGUUUAAGCAGUGGUACGAGUUUACUAAUCUGUUAUACUUCAGACCAGACAUGCAGUAAAUCUGACUGGUAUAAUG